CUUUUGCGAUAACUUGAAUCCAGUUCUCUCGGAUAAUGGUUUAUUUUCACCGGUGUGCUCAGUGCUGCAGCUGGAUCGGUCUAAUCAUAUUAGUAUGUUCUUCGGUAACAGCACAGAAAGACUGGUGGGAAUCGGCAAGCUUCUAUCAGAUCUAUCCACGGUCAUUUCAAGAUAGCAAUGGAGAUGGAAUCGGUGAUCUUAAUGGAAUUACAAGCCGUUUAGGAUAUCUCAAAUCGUUAGGCGUUACUGCGUUUUGGCUUUCCCCUAUAUAUCCUUCUCCAAUGGCCGAUUUUGGGUAUGACAUUUCUAACUUUACUGAUAUUCAUCCGAGCUUUGGAACAAUGGACGAUUUCAAACGGCUCGUGGAUGAAGCAAAAAAACUUCAAUUACGAAUUAUUCUGGACUUUGUACCAAACCACACCAGUGAUGAACACGAAUGGUUUAAGAAGAGUGUUAAAGGCGAGAAUGGGUAUAAGGAUUUUUACGUAUGGCAAGAUGCCAAACCGGGAUCAGAUCAAGCCCCGCCAAAUAAUUGGGUUGCGGCUUGGUACGGUUCGGCGUGGGAAUGGAAUGAAGACCGACAGCAAUUUUACCUUCAUCAGUUUCAUAAAAAACAACCAGAUCUCAAUUACCGGAACCCUGCCGUGGUACAGGCGAUGAAAGACGUGCUGCGCUUUUGGUUGGAUCAGGGCGUAGAUGGAUUUCGAAUCGAUGCCGUUCCUUGGCUCUUCGAAACCGUUGGGUUCCCAGAUGAACCUUUGAGUGGACAGUCGACCGAUCCGUUAAGCCAGAAUUACCUUAAUCAUAUAUAUACGCUUGAUCAGCCGGAAACUGUUGACAUGGUUUACCAGUGGCGUGAGCUGAUGGAACAGUACAAGAAGGAACAUAAUACUUCCACCAAAAUCCUUAUGACCGAAGCCUGGUCUUCGCUGGAUGUGGUAAAAACAUACUUCAACGACAGCAACAACCGCCAGGGUUCGCAAAUGCCGUUCAAUUUUCAACUCAUUAUGCGGCUAGAUCAAAACUCAAAGGCUUCGGAUUUCAAAGUUGUCAUUGACUCGUGGAUUGAUAUCAUUCCACCAGGUCAUGUACCCAACUGGGUGCUCGGUAAUCAUGACAAACGUCGUGUUUCGUCUCGUAUGGGUGGAGAUCACAUGGUUGAUAUAAUGGCAAUGAUUGAACUAACGUUGCCUGGGAUUACGGUUACGUAUCAAGGAGAAGAGAUCGGAAUGCAUGAUGUUGAUAUAUCUUGGGCCGACACAAAGGAUCCAGCUGCUUGCCAGUUAACGGAGGAAACAUACCAAGAAGGCACACGUGACCCUGCCAGAACACCAUUUCAGUGGGAUGCUUCCGUUAAUGCAGGAUUUACGAAUGCCACAGUUAUUCCAUGGUUACCACUUGCUCCGGAUUACCCCCUGGUAAACGUGAAAGUACAACAGGAAUCCAAACAAAACAGUCACCUAAAAGUGUUCUUGGAAUUGAUGAAAUUGCGAGCAACAAAUACCCUUAUAUGGGGAUCUUAUACGUCGUUGGUUCUAGGAAAUAAUGUUUAUGCAAUAAUGCGAGCAUUUCCAAACGAUAAACGCACAUUCGUAGUGCUAACUAAUAUCGGUUCUACGGUAGAAACGGUUGACGCUACAAAGCUGGAUGGUAAUAUCCCCACCGAUCUUGUAUUUCGUGUCGUUUGCACUUCAUCAAAGCAUGUUGUUGGGGAAACUGUUUCUGCAAAAAACAUUGAAAUGCAGCCCUACGAAGCAGUUGUAUUGAGCAAUAGUGCGAAUGGAUCCACAUACUGUUGCUUGCUCUUAUUCUUUAUCUUACUGGCGAUUAUACAUUAGACAACAUGUACUGAGCUAGUUUAUAUAUUGAAUAAUAUAUA